AUGUUUAAUUCUAAAUAUUAUUUUAAAGAGUUUGUUAGAUCAAAGUCAGCAGCCGCAGCGGGUUUAUGUGCAUGGGUCAUCAACAUAAUUAAGUUCUACGAAGUGUUCUGUGACGUCGAGCCCAAGAGGAAAGCUCUGGCCGCCGCCAACGCUGAGCUCGCGGCCGCCACCGAGAAGCUGAAAUCUAUCAAGUCUAAAGUUGCGUCCUUAGAAGAACAAUUGGCAACCUUGACAGCCGAUUUCGAAAAGGCAACAGCAGAGAAAUUGAAGUGUCAACAAGAGGCGGACGCUACUAACAGGACCAUUCAGUUGGCGAAUCGUUUGGUUAAUGGGCUAGCGAGUGAAAACGUUAGAUGGGCAGAGGCUGUUUCUAUUUUCAUGCAACAAAGCACAACAUUACCAGGGGAUGUGCUUCUCGUCUGUGCGUUUAUAUCGUACGUUGGGUGUUUCACCAAAAUAUAUAGACUGGAUUUGUUACACAAAAAUUGGCUAGUCUUCAUGAAAACCUUAGAGCCUCCGAUACCGAUAACAGAGGGUCUAGACCCACUUUCGAUGCUAACAGACGACACUACCAUAGCGAUGUGGCACAACGAGGGCCUGCCCUCAGACCGCAUGAGCACUGAGAAUGCAACGAUACUCUCCAAUUCAGUUAGAUGGCCGCUAAUGAUUGAUCCGCAGCUUCAAGGUGUAAAAUGGAUAAAACAAAAAUACGAUGAUAUUCUAAAAGUGAUUCGUUUAGGACAAAAAGGAUAUUUAGAUACAAUAGAAAAAGCUAUCAUCAAAGGCGAAACAGUGCUGUUGGAAAAUAUAGGAGAAACUGUAGAUCCAGUAUUAGACCCGCUACUUGGACGGAAUUUAAUUAAGAAGGGAAGAGCUAUCAAAAUCGGCGACAAAGAAGUAGAAUACAGUCCUAACUUCAAGUUGAUCCUACACACCAAACUAGCAAAUCCACAUUAUAAGCCAGAAAUGCAAGCCCAAACCACGCUAGUGAACUUCACAGUCACGAGAGAUGGACUUGAAGAUCAAUUACUAGCAGAAGUUGUAAAAGCUGAAAGACCAGACUUAGAAGAAUUAAAAGCAGAAUUGACAAAACAACAGAAUGAGUUUAAAAUACAACUAAAAAAACUCGAAGAUGAUCUUCUAUCCAGACUUUCUUCGGCUGGUAGUAACAUUUUGGGUGAUACCGCUUUGAUAGAGAAUUUGGAAAUUACAAAGAAAACUGCCGCUGAUAUAGAGAAAAAGGUAGCAGAAGCUAAAAUAACGUCCCACCAGAUAGACCAAGCGCGCGAGUUCUACCGGCCGGCCGCCGCGAGAGCCUCGCUACUGUAUUUUAUACUCAACGACUUGAAUACUAUCAAUCCUAUUUAUCAGUUUUCACUAAAGGCCUUUAGUGUGGUAUUCCAAAAAGCGAUAUCGAAAGCGGAACCUUGUGAAGAAGUCAGUCAGAGAAUCAAGAAUUUAAUAGACUGCAUCACGUACUCCGUAUUCCAGUACACCUCGAGGGGCCUGUUCGAAUGUGAUAAACUUAUAUUCGCCUCGCAGAUGACUUUCCAGAUUCUUCUGAUGAGCGAAGAAGUAUCUUCUGCAGAAUUAGAUUUCUUCCUCAGGUUUCCAAUUAAACCUCACGUGACAAGUCCCGUAGACUUUCUAUCGAAUCAGAGUUGGGGCGGUAUUUGUUCUCUAGCGAGCAAAGACGAGUUUAGGAAUUUAGAUAGAGAUAUAGAGACAUCGCCCAAGAGAUGGAAGAAGAUUGUUGAAAUGGAAUGCCCUGAACGAGAAAAGUUUCCUCAGGAAUGGAAAAAUAAAACAGCUUUACAACGGCUAUGUAUGCUUCGCGCUUUACGACCUGAUAGAAUGACGUAUGCAGUAGCAACAUAUAUUGAAGAGAAAAUGGGCUCUAAAUACGUUGAAAACAGAACAGUGGAGUUCAGUAAAUCCUUCGAAGAAACCAGUCCGACGACUCCCAUAUUCUUUAUAUUGUCUCCUGGAGUGAACCCUUUGAAAGAUGUAGAGGCUUUGGGUAAAUCUAUGGGUUUUACAGCCGAUUGUGGAAAUUUCCAUAACGUGUCGUUGGGCCAGGGCCAGGAGGUGGUCGCUGAGCAGGCCAUGGAUGAGUCUCUGAAGAAAGGACAUUGGGUUGUUUUACAGAACAUCCACUUAGUGAAGAAAUGGCUUCCGAGCCUAGAGAAGAAGAUGGAGAGUUUCGCGGGCGGCUGCCACGAGGAGUUCCGGCUGUUCAUGUCGGCGGAGCCGGCCGCCGUGCCCACCGCGCACAUCAUCCCGCAGGGCAUACUCGAGUCCAGCAUCAAAAUUACCAAUGAACCGCCCACUGGCAUGCAGGCAAAUUUACAUAAAGCCCUUGAUAAUUUCAACCAAGAAACACUAGAGAUGUGCGGAAAAGAGGCGGAAUUCAAAGCUAUACUAUUCGCACUUUGCUACUUCCAUGCCGUCGUGGCUGAGCGCAGAAAGUUCGGCCCUCAGGGGUGGAACAAGAUAUAUCCAUUUAAUGUUGGUGACCUAACAAUAAGUGUGUUCGUCCUAUACAACUAUUUAGAGGCUAAUUCUAAAGUGCCUUGGGAGGAUUUAAGAUACCUCUUCGGUGAAAUCAUGUACGGAGGACAUAUUACUGACGACUGGGAUAGGCGACUGUGCAACGCGUACCUUGAGGAGUUGAUGCAGCCUGAUUUGGUGGAUGGGGAGCUACAAUUAGCACCGGGAUUCCCCGCACCACCUAACACAGACUAUAUAGGUUACCACCAGUACAUAGAAGAUGCGAUGCCACAGGAAUCUCCCUAUCUAUACGGUCUACAUCCAAACGCUGAAAUCGGCUUUCUAACGACUACAUCGGAAAAUUUGUUUAGGACCAUAUUUGAAAUGCAGCCUCGAGAUGCUCAGGCGUCUGGAGCUUCUACUGUUACCAGAGAAGAUAAGGUAAAGCAAAUGUUAGACGAAGUAAUGGAGAAAUUACCCGAAGAAUUCAACAUGGUGGAAAUAAUGGGGAAGGUGGAAGAGAGGACUCCGUACGUGAUAGUCGCCUUCCAAGAGUGCGAGCGCAUGAACUAUCUCACUGGAGAGAUGAAACGGUCUUUGAGGGAAUUGGAUUUGGGACUUAAGGGUGAAUUGACUAUUACGUCUGAUAUGGAGGAAUUAGAAAAUGCUCUGUUUUUAGAUCAGGUACCAGCUAUUUGGGCAAGCAGAGCGUAUCCGUCUUUACUUGGACUCUCGGCCUGGUUUGUAGAUUUACUUCUACGCCUGCGGGAGCUGGAGACUUGGGCUACGGAUUUUGUGCUACCCACCUCAGUAUGGUUGGGCGGAUUCUUCAACCCGCAGAGCCUUUUAACCGCCAUAAUGCAAAGUACGGCACGUCGCUACGAACUGCCGUUAGACAAAAUGUGUCUGCAGUGUGACGUCACCAAGAAGAUGAAGGAGGAUUUUACCAUAGCGGACUCGCGGUCGGCGCCGCGCGACGGCGCGUACGUGCACGGGCUUCUGAUGGAGGGCGCGCGCUGGGACGUGCACGCCGGCAUCGUCAUGGACUCGCGCCUCAAGGAGCUUUUCCCGCCCAUGCCCGUCAUCAACGUGCGGGCAAUCACCCAAGACAAGCAGGAUCUGCGCAAUAUGUACGAAUGUCCGGUCUACAAAACGAGAACACGCGGGCCCACUUACGUGUGGACGUUUAACCUUAAGACUAAGGAUAAACCUUCCAAGUGGACCCUGGCUGGAGUCGCUCUAUUGUUACAGGUU